UGUUCUUGCAAAUGGCAGAAAAGCCUCGGGAUCCUAGGAGCAGCCUUCGUCCGAGAGCGCGCAAACGAAAAAAAAAAAAAACCGCACCGAAAUGGGUCCCGAAUGCCAGCCUAAACGGCACUGCCGUCGUCCCCAUAUCCAUAGGUGGUCGUCCUUCCCGCCAACGCUGUCCAGCUCCAGACUAUCACCAUGUGCCCCAAGCCUCACCAACCUCGCAAAACCAUUGUUAUUAGCUAGGGGUCACACUUGACACUUUGUCAGGGUAACAGCUUACUCGCCUUGCUGCUCACUAGCUAGCUUUUUCACUUCAUUGUGUCACUCGCGGCAGUGUGAGGCGUUGCCGCGGCCAUGGAGAUGCGGCGAGUUGUUGCGGCGGCGUGGUUAGCCUGCCUUCUGCUGCCGAUGGCGUCGGUGCGCGGGCGCAACAUCACGGCUAUGCUCGCCGGGUACAAAGAGUACAAGCUGUACAACAAGUACCUGUCGGAGACCAAGGUGUGCGACGAGAUCAACGCGCGGGACUCGACGUCGAUGACCAUCCUCUUGCUCUCCGACGACGCCAUGUCAACGCUCGUCUCCGACGCCGGGGAGUCGCUGGCCGCCAUCAAGAACGCGCUCCGCCUCCUCUCGGUGCUCGACUACUACGACCGCAAGAAGGUGAAGAAAUUCGGCAGCGAGAGCGCCGACACGCUCUACCAGGCCACCGGCGACGCCGUCAGUGUCACGGGAAACGUCAAGGUCACCGACCUGGACGGCGGCAAGUUCGGCUUCGCGUCCGCCACGACCGGCGCCGAGGUAUCCACCGUGACCAAGGAGGUCAAGACGAUGCCGUUCAAAUUCUCCAUCCUCGAGAUCUCGGCACCCAUCGAGUUCGACGGCCUCUUCGACACGCCGUCGACGUCCAACCUCACCCGGCUGCUGGAGAAGGCCGGGUGCAAGCAGUUCGCGGCGCUCGUCGCCAGCACCGGCGUAAUCAAGACGUACGAGUCGGCCAUGGACAAGGGGCUCACCCUGUUCGCGCCCAACGACGACGCGUUCCAGGCGAAGGGCGCGCCCAACGUCAAGAAGAUGUCAAGCGCUGACCUCGUCACGCUCCUCAAGUACCACGCGCUGUCGGGGUAUUAUCCCAAGACGUCGCUCAAGGCGGCGAAGGGCUCGCUCCACACGCUGGCCUCGACCAAGGCCGGAAAGAACGACAUCUCGGUGGUGGCGAAGGGCGACGACGUCUCGCUCGCCACCGGCGUUGGCAAGUCCCGCGUGGCGGACACGGUCCUGGACAACACGCCGUUCUGCUUGCUCACGGUGGACAGACUCUUGGUGCCGGUAGAGCUCGCCGGCGCGCCGGAGCCAGCCCCUGGCCCAGCAGCGGCGCCACUGAGCUCUCCGCCCGCGCCGCAACCGGCGGACGCUCCUUCGGAGGCCGCGGAUCACGCGAAUCACAAGGCCAAGAAGGCGUCGUUUGCCGUUGCAUCGCGGUCAAUCGGUGGUGCGUUCGCGGCGGCGGCCGUGUGUUCCGUGGUGCUGGCGUCCGUGUUGUGAUGGAAGUGAACAUUGGCCAUUGGCACAUCCAUACUUGCUUGUCAGCUCGUCUCCUUCGAACAGAUACUCCGUUUCCUGUUAUCUUUUCUCCGUUCGCAUUCCGGCUGUUCGUUGAUUGUAUGAGUCGCUGCAUUGCCAUUUCUCUGUGUAAUUAAUUUGAGUAAACUGUGUACAUUUUGUUCUUUUUUUAUGCUA